CAUCAGGCAUCCUUUUUCUUAAAGGUUGCCAAAACCCAUAUUUCCUGUGGAAUAGAAAGUCGCUCCCUCGAAGAACCCGACCAAGAAAAGGAGGUAGCAGAACGUUCUGUGCGAAAGAGACAAGGUAAGAACAAAUCUAAGAGUUCAACGCCUAAACUUCAAAUCUUCUUACUGUGAAGAUAACAGAUUGAAAAAGUAGGGAGGAUUUCAUGUUUGUUUUAAAAAUCUGCUUAGGUAGCCUGUGAAUAUGGUUUGUUCAGCCAGCACGAGUCCAAAGAUUUACAGUCACAAGUUCAACAGCAGCGUCACGCAUGUAAGCGCUCAGAGUUAAAACAAACGGGCCUAAACUGGACUGAAAGAACCUAAAAUCAAAGAGUUGUUGUUAAUUCUUAUAAUGAUCCUCAUUUUUCAUCAUUAUCUUCUGAGAAUUUAAAAAAUCUGGAUGAAUUCCUCAAAAGUAUUUCCUCAAAAAUGAUCACGUGAAGAGUCCUGAAAUAUACCUAUAGCUGGGAUGGAUUUGAUCUGAUGACCAUCCUAGGCAGACUGAGACAAAAAGUGAAGCAGCUGUUGUGUUUGUUGAUCUAUGAAACAUUUUAAGAGUCUUGUGUUGAAAUAUGAAACAUUCAGACAGGUUUUGUGGUCACGAUUGGCAGCAUGAAAUUGCAGUGAACACAGGAAACUGCAAAAAAAGAAUGUCGCUUCUACACAUUUUAUGAAAACAAUCAGAAACUGCAUGCUUUCUAGGGUUUAUUUAAGAUGUACAAACCUGAAGACAGAUACCACAUCUAAUACUAGUCUAUAUGGUAAGAUCGGAAAUAUCUGAAUCCACUCAUUAACUUAUAAAUUCACUUUUUUCUGGACAUUGUCAAUGUUUCCAGAACCUCAGCUAAAUAACAUACAAAUCUGUGUUCCCUGCGUAACUAUGGAUCUUCAGACCUCUUUAACAUAGCACUGAAGCUUCUGACAUCAGUGUAUGAAUAUGCAUUAUAUGUAUGUGACAUCUAAAGUGCCUCGAGUGGUCAGAGGCUAAAAAAUGAGCUGCGUAAGUGCACAUGUGAAUUUAUCAAAACAAAAAAGAAAAAAAAUUGAGCAAUGUGUUUAUUUUUUGGGGGGUUUAAGUGCCUUUAGUUAUCAAUAAACACUUUGCAAGUUGCCUUGAUUCGUGUAAAAUGUUACAAACAUAAUUAAAAUGUAUUUGCUGAAAUAUGAGGACGAUAGGUGGAAAUCAUAAGAACGCUUCACAGCAAGUUCAAUCUUAAAUGCUGCCAGAAAUGAAAAUUCUGUUAAAAUAAAUGUUGAUUAACACGAUAGGUCACACAACUGUGCAUUUUGUACAAUCAAUCUGCAGAAAAGUUUGGUACUGUAGUUUUAUUUGAUCACAUAAUUUCAGUCACUGAAACAUAAAAAAAGUAAAGUUAAAAUCCUGCAAAACUACUUUUACAAACUUAAGAUGUCCCAGAAAAACAGUUAUACAUGUAAUUUGACAUGUUAAGUUUAAGUUUAAUGAGUUUUUCUACAAUUUGCAUCCCUUCUUGGGAAGAUACCGUUUCUGCAGUUUAAGUUGUUUACAAAAACAACAGCUCCGUCUCACAGAGGGUUUUCCUGUGCGUGCUGCUCUAACACUUCACGAAUCCUCAGUAAAAAAAAAAAAAAACCUGCAGCCAUCUUCUCAGAAGAAAUCAGGAAAUGGUUCUACAGAGGUGAAAAACACCCUUUUUGAAACAUUCACAAUUCACCAAACUUUGGUGCAUGAGCUAAACAUCCCAGAGACUACUUCAAACAUUGACUGUGCAACAGUUUUGCUCCGUUAUGUAAUAUGACUGGUUCAGCAUCAUGUAAACAACAAGCUUAAUGUUAGCUGAAUGGAAAUGUUAAAAGAUGUAACAUUUGUGCACAUGGAUAUCCAAAGGGAAAUAGGCUGACCUAUAAAAGUACAUAGAAGAAUCGCUAAAUGUCUGGGGAUCAGUGAACUUAACCUGAUGUACAUAUAUUGAGAAGUAUCUAAUACUUACUAAGUUAGCAAUGUUUGGAUUCAGUUAUAUGCAGAUGAUGUGAUGGUAUUUUACGACUCCAAUAAGACCAUAAUGUCUGAGAAAUCAUUGAAUUGAUUGUAACGUAUCCCCCUCCAAGGUAUAAUUAUAACUGUUAUUGUUACUGUUAUUAUUAUAUCUGUUAUAACUUUUGUGAUCCUGAGACAUGCAAUUCUAAAUCUAUCAUCAAAUCAACAUUGUAACUUUUUCUCAAUCAUCUCAGCUAUUCUUUAUGUUGCAGACAAACUUACAAAUGUUAUCAUGUAAGUUCACCAAACUAAGAACAUUUGAACAUGUUAAACUCAAUACCUUUCUUUGUUAGAUACAAAAAGAUACAAAAUCUUUUAUGGUUUUAUCUCCUUAAGAGCACUCACCGCAAGCCACUUCUUACAAAAACAUCAUCUUAAUUAAACUAUAGUAAUACAUUCCUUACUAUUUUACUUCAAAGUAUACAUUUAUAAAUACUUUGAUUGAAAUAAACUGCCCCAUUAUGCCAAUACAGUUACCAAAAUAACUAAUAAGGUAAAAUACAGGGUUGAAGAUUAUUAAUCACAUAUGAAACUAUUCACCAAAGACUUGGACAGAGCAACAAAUAAAAGUGACAUAUAACUUAAAGUGUGAAAGGGUUAAAACAAUUAGUGCCUAAUCAUAAGAAGCUAAAUUAAAGCUCCUGUGAGCAAUGUUCUUGAUUUUGGUGUCUCCUCUGAACAAAAAGGUAACCUUCAUAUUCUGCAUAAUCCAUGUCCUUGUGUUAGUUGACCAAAAUCUUCUUGUGUCUUUUUACAGUGAAAUCUAUUACUCACAGAAGAUAUUCACUGUUUAAAAAGUAACAAAGGCUGUUUCCUCAGUGUACCUAACCCAUGAGGACAGUUGCAGGUAUUAAAAAAUAGACAUUAAAAGUCUUAUAAUAAAUGGUCUAAAUUUGCUCUUUUACAUUGUAGAGGUGCAUUAUUGCUCAUUUCAGUCUGUUUUAUAACCAGUCAAAAACUCCUCACAGGAGCUUUAAGUGUAUAAAACAUUUUCUGAGUAGAAAAGGUGUAAUCUGAAUAACACUGACAUUAAAAAAAAAAAAAAACUUUAAGCAUUCUCACAUUAGGUAAUGAAGAUAAUACAGUACUAUACCAUCCUACAAGAUAUAAUAAACUACAGUACAAGAAUAAAGUGGUAGUUUCAUUAUUUUCUGACCAGAAUAAGUCAUACUAAAAACUUUUUUUAAAAGAUAAACGAAAAAUAAAGUCAUUAUGCAGAGUUACCAGGUUAAAGUCAUUAUAUAAACAGGUUUAAAGUCAUUCUGCCACCAUAGGAAAUAAGAGUCAUUUGAUUAUAUGGAUAAAGCUGUCAUGCCUCAUUAUGACAUUAAAGUCACUAUCUCAUGGGAAUCAAAUCCUUAUGCUACGCUAAAAGAUUAAAGUCAAUUUGUUACAUGUCCGAGCCCGAUAAGUAACAACGAUCCAAAAUGUUAGAAAAACACGUGUAAUAAAGCCCAAAAUGUAAUAAUCUGUCAAUAAUGUAACAAAAGUGGGAGCCCGAAAUGUGAUAAAAACAAUGUAAUAAACACACAAAAUGUAAUAACUGACCCAAAAUGUAACAAAUUGCUACAUUUUGGGCAAAAAAUUAUUACGUUUUUGGCUUAAUGUCUUGUUACAUUAUUUGCCUGUUAUUACAUUUUGGGUUUUAUUAUUACUUUCUUUUAAAUAACAUUUUAGGUGACUGCUACAAAAUGGGCUCUAACAGUUACAAGACAAAUCUCACUAAGCCAAGUUCUGAAAAUAAAGUCAUGUGUCACAUAAGGUUGUGUCACAGCUGUGGUUUUAUUAGUCACAGAUUUUUAUCUUCAGAUCACAAGUAUCUUGUUUCCUCCAUAUAACUCAUAACGGAGGUGGAUGAAAUGGGUGUCUGAACGUAGGACGGCCCCCAAAAAUUUAACUCCAUGUGAGGCAUUGAAUUAUUAAUGUUUGUUCACUGCUGACAGAAAACAGAACUUGGGAUUUUUCUGGUGAAAUCUAAAGAUGAUGUGAUGCUAAUACUCUGUGUGGGCUGGCAACUUAAUUUUCCUCCUUGUAGGGUUGAUUCAUUGAACACCUUAACCUGUAAGUUACGGCUGUGUCGCUCUGUUCUUGCUGUCAUUGUGUGGAGAAGGUAGCACAAUUUUGCUUUUAAUAAGUUUAGUUCACAAAAAAGUAAAAAAUAAAAACCCUCCUGGAUGGCUCAGUUGACAAGUCAAAAGUGUUCUUCAUUUUGUCAGAUUUUCUCUGCCUUUUCUAACUUAAUGCAUUUUGUAACUUUUUAACGUGGUGACCCCCAAAGUUUCAGUGCCAUUUUUGAAAUUUAAGUGUUUUUGCACACUCGUUUCCAUUAAUAAAUCAGAAAUGACAUACUGUAGUAGUGCAGCGAAGUCAAGUUCUUAAAGUUACAUUUCACUGCGUUCACUUCAAUCUUCAAUUAAAACACUGGUAAGAAUUGCUGAACAUUGAUUAAAUUGACUUAAAAUGGUUUGUAAAACAAUGUAACAUUAUCAGAACCAAAUUGAUUAUGAAGAAAAAGAACUUUAUUAAGGGAAAUUCAAUUAUUAUGAUGACCACUGAAACUUAAUGAUCAGUCUUCAUUUUAAAACUAAUUGUUUUACAGUGCUUUUGAAAACUGAUCCGAAAUCUGUUGAUGCACACCUUGAUUCAGCUUUUACUGUGGGAUUAAACAUUUACUUUUAAAUCAAGUCAAACUCUAUUUUUUAGAGUAUGACUUUAUUAUUUAUUUUUUACAGCACAGCACAUUUUAAAUGCUUAACUUAAACUGUAACAACUCAGCAAUGAUACUGUUUCAUUAAGAAAACAAAAUAAGAGUAAUCACAUAUGAGCAGACAAAAACAAAAAGGAGUACUGUACAUUAACCUGGUUUAGUGGCCUGUGGUCAGCUGCCCACAUGUGCGCCUGAUUUGUCAUCAGUGUGUUUUUUCCACAUGAACUGUAUCCUGGCAGCUCACUGGAAUAGUCACCCAGGUACAUUCACGAAAAACAUUUUAGCAUUUCAUGUACUUACAUAUGCUAACUGAGCAAAAAUAUCAGUUUGGCUGUGAACCCAGUGAUUAUCAUGUAUAACCUCCUUAUUGUAAAAGUUGAAUAGUACCUACUUUAACAAACAGUCAUCACUCACAUAGUAAAAUAUAAUCACAAUACAAAUAAAAAUACAGCAAGUUCUUAGACAUUUUGUCUAUAUGAUUGAAUUCGUAGUUUUUCUCCUUUUUUUUUUCAAAUAUAAAUGAAAGUAUGCACAAAUCUGAAAACUUGAACUCCAGCCUCACUGAACUCUGAGCACAGUUUCACUGGUCUACCUCAACCAUCACAGUUUUGGAAAUCUCUGAGCGCAAGCAGCAUCUUUAAACACAGUUUCUUGACCUGUAACCAAUGAGUCUCUCUCAUGUAGCAGCUUUGCAAACUCAGUAGGAAGAACACUUUGGUCAUGUGUCAAAGUGAAGGCCUCAAAUGUGGCUUCAAAUCUUUGUGUUAAAUUGAAGGCUGUGCACGGAAAAGUAUCACUCUUUAAAAACGGUUUCACUCUGUGUCUGUCUGUGGAAAGGAGAGCAGUGAUUGGUUUUUCUUGAAGAGGGAAUCCUGUUGUGUUUCUUACCUUCUGACAGUGAGACUGAGCUGCCUAAAUGAUUCCUACAUUGUGGUCGAGUUGGAGAAAGGGACGAACAGUGCUUGUAAACCUCCAGAGAAAUUAUUCAGAUUUGGAUUUCAUAUCCACAAACAACAACUAUAUGUAAAUGUGCGUGUACCUGUAAACUAAGAGAAUGUAUUCAGAUCGGCUGAAUUCAAAUUUCCGUCUUUGCACAGACACCUGCCCACACUUUUUUCCUUUGAACUGCACCUUUGCGAUCCAAGACUAGAGAAAACUACAACUUUACGAAGUUAAGAAUGAAAUUCAAAGGAUUAAGUGUCAUGUCUUUGCUUUUUCAGUAAAUAUGAACUUCAUAGAGUGUAAAGUACAAGUUUGAUGAUGUGACGAUUGUGCCUAUUUCUGUCUGAAUCAACAGUCUCCUACACAUUUAUCUCAGAGUCUGUGUGCGAUCUGGAAGUGUGAUUGUAGAUAUGGAAGUGUGUGAGUAAUAAACACACAGUGAUCGUAGUACCAUAAUGAGGCAUCUGCAACUUUCCACACUGUUAUGUGGCCGCUGAUGAGAUCCAAACAGGAAAUACUUCUUCAAACUUUCUGUGGCCGACCCGUUGACUCACAGAAAAACCAAACAGAUAUCAAAUAUUACAUUAAAUCUUUCUGUGUGUGUUUUAUUGUGACUAAAGCUCUCCUGGCUGUGACACAAACACACAAACAGAGAGCCUGUGAUGGGCUCUUUAAGGGGGAGAUACAGUCACAAAGGAAAGCCAGAGAGAGAAGCCACAAACAUGCUGUCACUUUCUACUGAAUUCCUGUCUGUGGGUGUAUGUUUUGCAUAGAACAUAUUGUGAUGGUAGUCUGGUUGAUUGUGUAGAUGCACGCUUCCCUACAGCCUUAUAGAGAUCUCUGAUGUGGUGGUGAGAUAGCUGCAAGAAGAGGCCCUCUCUCACGCUUUAACUUAUGUCUUAUUUACAUGAUGGGAGUCAUCUUAGGUGAUGUUCAGAGAACAACAACACGUGAGUACAUUUCAUGCCUUUAAAAUGUAAAAAAAAAAGAAAGAAAAACUGUCAAACAAACAAAGUUCAAGACUACAGAAGCCCUUUGUAUAAACAAUGUGAACGUUUCUGUAUUUGCUGCUUUAUUCCAGUGAAUGAAAAUAUGAUCAAUCAUACCUCUUUAAGUUCACCGACUCACGUGUUGCACAAAUUUAUUUAAUGUGGGCACGUAUGAAAACGUGUAAACAACAGCAACACUCAAGAAAGAAAAUUGUAACUUCCUGUUUUCUCAGAGUGGCCGGCGAUGUGAUUUGCCCCGUCUUUGGCCUGACUCUUCCUGCCAGCCCCCGAAGCGCAGUUUUAUGUUAAGUUGAGGUAAUUAGGGAAAAAUCCACACAAACGAGUUGGCGGGGACAAUGACAUUUGUGUGGUACAAUAACUAUGAACUUAAGAAAGAAGCAUGAAUGAGAGCAUUAAAAUAAAUAUGAACAUCCAUUAUUGGUAUACAGCUGUGCUUAUUUAUUUAUUUUUUUAGCAUAAUAUCAAUAUUUUCAAAAAAAGAUAGAUAGUUAAGACAGUUGCAUCCAUCUUGAAAAUAACCCCCACUAUUGGAAGUGGAUCAAAGUCUUCUGGACACCUUUUCAUUGUUUUAAUCAAUCUUAAAGAUUGCUGGUAGAUACUGCAAGAGCAAGCCAGGUUUCUAGAGCCUGUGAUUAGUCAGUAAGUGCAAAAAUCCCAGUAAAAUAUGUCUUUUUUUGUUUGUUGUUAUUUAUAUGUUCGUUAUUGCAGGCAGGCACAAAAUGACCAGCUGCUCAUUACACAAGUUGAAGUGAUCCCAGAGCCAUUAUCUAUGGGAUAUAAAAAGACAGCAGAACACAGUGAAAAACUGUUAUGACUUUAAUAUGACUGUGUUGAAAGCUAUUGAAAAUAUGAAAUAGAUGAAUCUCAAUUAUGCAGCAAUAUAAAAAUGCUAGAUGAAUGUUAUAGCUAGAAAUCUUCAAUAAUGCCUGCGUUGAAAAAAUGAUCAACCCUGAUAUUUUACUAAUUAUACUUAUUAGAGUGAUGUCUGUGUAUUGAUGGAGAAAAUUUGAAUUUAUAUCUAUAAGGAGAGAGUUGUAAAGUGUGUUUUAAGAGUUUUGUGUCUCUUUAAGUAUUUCAUCACUGAAAACAACAUGACUUCUGACCUCAGUCUCUGUUCUUUGAGAAAAAGAUACCAAUCUUUGACCCAGAAAGAUGAGAGGUUUCUGUACUUAAAAGAUAACGUAUCACAGUUUUGUGUUUGAGAACCAUCUUGUGAAGUAAAAUGCCAGGAAAGAAACCAUCCAGGCAUCUUUGACAAACACGAGUUCGUCCCAGUGGUUUCAGGUGACAUGUGCUGCGCAAAAGUGGAGCACUUCAUCUCCCACUCAGUCUGGAGACUUCUGUGGUGAUGCUAUCAGUGUGUGUGUGUGUGUGUGUGUCUUAGCACCUGCAGAACAGCCUCUCUGUCUGAGCUCUGCAGAAAACAUUUUGCACCACUGCAGACUUUAAUGUGUUUGAUGCUGGAUGCUGAUUGGUUGGUUGUGCAUUAUUUCCAGACAAACAAAUCUUGUGUUUUCACUCUGGACUGAGACACAUGGAUUAACUUCAGUACUGACAUCCCAUAAAAUCUGUGUUGUGAUGUUGCUGCAUUUACAGGGCAGAAAUGCACAAACCAAGCAUCCUCAGAAGAUAAUUCACAUGUUUAAGGAGUACAAAUAGGGUGUAAAGAAAAGUAUAGUAAUGAAACAAAAGCAAGAUUUAUGUAGUGGUUAGAGCAUUUCUUUACAUUGUGCAGAAGACUGAGUCUUUUUUUCCUCCUGACCCUGGCUAUGCUCUGUACUCCCACAGUUUCUAUAUGCUAAAACGUAACUGAAACCCUGAGUUUCAGCUGGAGUUCACAGUGCAAAAAAAAGAAAAACAGUCACGCAAUUGUCUCCUUCAUUGUGAUAAUGCCAACGCAGAGAUGAUUCCAGAUAAAAAACCAAGCUGAGUAUUUACCCAGAAAUAGUAGCAGGAAACCCCACUCAGUGUGUGGAACUAAGUUUAAACAACAUGAAAUCUUAAAUAAUGCAAUAUGUCUUUGUUAUUAUUAAUGGUAACUACUAGAACUUUGAAAAUAAAAUUUAGAAAUGUAUUCAUAGGUGACAAGUCAGGACUGCAGGCAGACCAGAAGGACUCUCUUACUACAGAGCCAUGCUGUUGUAAUCCCUGCAGAAUGUGGUUUGUCAUUGUCUUGCUGAAAUAUGAAAGUCUUCCCUGAAAAAGUCUUUGUCUUGUUGGCAGCAGAUGUUGAUCCUAAACCUGUAGUUAUUGUUCAGCAUUAAUGGAGCCUUCACAGAUUUAGAAGCUACCAACGGCAUGGGCUGUAAUGUGUCUCUAUUCCAUCACAGGUGCUUGAUCUUGAACUGUACACUGAGAGCAAGUCAGGCAAAGAGAAUAUGCAGCGUCCAUGAUUUCCAAAAUGAAUGUCAAUUUUUUUCAUCAGAUCAGAGUUUUCCUCAGGACUCAGGUCCAGAGAACUUUGUGGGUCAUAUUUAUUUUUGGAUUUGUGUACACUGCAACCAACAGUGUUUAGACAUUAAAUAAUAGAUGUGACUUUGAGCCCAUGCAGGGACUUCCACUACAAAGUCACAAAAUAUUUGUUACCAUUUAGAGACUCGGCCUCUCUGAAUGUCCUUUUUAUACCCAGUCAUGUUACUAACACGCAGGAGAUGAAGGUGUUUGUGUUGAUGUAGGUGUUUUCUAAUCAUUAGACAAUUAUUUGUUGUCUCUUUUUUAUUUUUUUAGAGCAUGUUUCUGGCAACAAACUUAAAACGAUCAAAUAUUUUUCAUAAAAAAGAAAACAACUUUUCUGUUUCGACAGUUAGUUGCGCUGUCUUAAUGCUUUUUCAUCUUUUUUCAAGUAUGCAGAGAGGUAUGUAUCUGGUUCUGAUGAAUCUAGUAUCUGUCUCAGUUUUAGUUUGACAAACUGUGUGGGCUUUGGUAUUUAGAUGAUUCAUUUUCCUUUAAACCGUUGUCAAACCUGUCUGAAAAAUGAUAUUAUUGGUUUUAAUAAUGAUAUUAAUAAUACCUGCAGGUUGGAGAUGGAGGACUAAUUCGAGAGUGUAGGAGUGUUAUUUCCAAUCAGUCACUAAGUUCAACAUCUUUACUUUAUGAAAGCAUCAAUGUCUUUCCUGUCACAGCAGAGAUGCCUGAGACGUCUAGUGAGACUGUGAGAUGCGACCCCAAUGAAAUUCAUCCAAAACACGACAGGAGUAAACAAGUUGAGGGGCCACACCGUCAACUUCAGACUCCUUCUGCUCCUCAGGACAGAAAUGUAACUCCACCCACCUCAGAAAGUCAGGUAUUUAACAAACUCUCUUCACCAGACCUCCAUCAGCACAACUGCAGACUCUAUAUUUUUAAUUUAUCACAUUUCUUUCAGUGCAGCUUUAUGUGAUUGUAUGACAAAUUCUAUAAUUACUGAACAUGGACCACAUAACUAAAAUGACCAUGUAUUAAAAACACCUCCUUAAUUCCUCGUUUUCAAUAUUUUUUACAACCCCAACUCUAAAAAGACAAUAUAAAACAAAAACAGGUUUAGGAGGAACAUCUACUGCCAUCCAGUCAAAGACCUUUUUCAGGGAACACCUUCAUAUUUCAGCAAGACAAUAACAAACCACAUUCUGACAUCAGGGAUUACAACAGCAUAGUAGUAGAAGAGUCCUGCUGAUAAACUGGUCUGCCUGCAGUCCUGACUUGUCCCCCAUUGACACUUAAACUUUUAAAAAGGAGACCUUGGAUUUUUGUGCACAUAAAAGCUUAUACCAGGCAAGACUGGGAAAAUAAUUCACAUCCAAAACCUUUGUGGUUGCCUUGUAAGUGUUGUUUUAAAAAAAGAAAUCAUUUAACACAACGGUAAGCACGUCCCUGUCUAAGACUUUUUUUGCUAGUAUUAAAUUUAGAAUAAGUUUAUCUUUCAUAGAAGAACAAAGUUUUUCAGUGUCAUCAUUUCUUAUGUUGUCUUAACAGGUUAGAUUAAAUUCAAAGUCUAUAUGAUUUACAAACCAUCGAAUUUUGUGUUAGUCAACAUUUCACAAGACUUACUUUUUUAUUUUUGGAUUAACUUUCAGUUAUUUUAUUUUGAAUAACAUUUUCCUGGAGUAAGGAAAAUUUUAGCCUUCUUUGGUACUUUCAAGAGUACUGAUCAAAUCUUGCAAAUAUACAACACUAUGCGAAAAGGUGCUUUUUAUUGGUCUGAAAUAGUGAUAUAUGACUAACUUAGCACUUAUUGACAAUGAUGCUGAGUUAGAGACGAAUUAAAAGCAUGUAUAUAGCUUGUUUAUAGAAACAAGGUUUCUAAUGAAAAUGAAAAGUGCAUAAAACUUCGAAAACACUGAAUAUUUUAAAAUAAAACUGCCAGGAUUUACACCCAAGAAGAUAGAUUGAGCCAUAAAAUAUCAUUUUUAGUGGGUUGGGGAAUCGACAUGGUCCCCUACAAACAAAGCUGAGAUAUUAAGAAGUCAUCAAUAGAAAUACAGAGAUGCUGUCUUAUGAUGCUAGUUAUUAAAUUCUGCUUCUUAUUUUCCAUAUGCAUGUUUCCUCAGAGCUCCGGCAGUGUGGAGGUCAUGAAGCAGCGACAGCAAAGACCGUCAGUGCUGCGCCAACUUUCUCAAUCAGCCUCCAGACGGUACUCACAUGGUACUCAGACACACUUCCUUUUUGGCAUGUCUGCGCCAGUUUCAUUCUGGUUUUAUCAAAUGUGCACAAACAAAAGAAUGAGCAACAGCAUGUAUUUAAACAAAUCAAAUGACAUCUACACCAUUGUCUCCCAGCUCCUCCUCCUCCUCCAGCCGUCUGUAAAGAAGAGGCGGAUUCAGGCCGUCUGUCGUGCUCCUCCUCACCUCAUUGGGGCUCCUCUCUCGGACAGAACCAUCACUUCCUCUCCUCCAAGAGAGAGGGAGUAAAGCAAAGCUCUGCUGAUUCCAGGCUUCAAGAUAGGUGAGGAAAUAAGAUGGUUUGGGGUCUAAGGAAUGGUCCUGAAAUAUGUUGCAAUGGCAAAGUGAGGUAUAUAUGAAGCCCCAUGUGUGGUAAAUGUUAAAUGAAAGUGGAUCAGAUUGUGAUUGGAAGUUUUCUUUUACUUUUUUUUUUUUUUUUUUUACCCAGAAAGGUAAAUGACCACAUAUCCUCGGGGCAUCUAUUUGAGGGUUUUGCAUAACUGAGCCAAGCACAGUACCUUAGUUUGGCUUUUUGGUUUGGAACUUAACUCAGAAAAUCUCACCAUGCAGAAAAGGUGCAACAAAUGUCUAGUUAGAGAACCACAUGACUGAGUUAAAUCUGUGGUAACAACUUUACUUUUUCUUAAUCUGCAGAUCCAAUUUGACUCAGGAUAAACUCUUUUUUUGUCACACAAACAGCCCUUUGAAGCUCAUUUAUGUUAUUUUUGAGUUAAACUUUCACAUCUCUGUCCCCUCCAGCAUCCCUGAGGCGACCAGAGCUCUGUAUGUGAGCGGUUUCUGCCGCUGGCCCGGCUGUGAUGCAGUGACUGAGGAUUUUCACAGUUUCCUGAAGUGAGUCAACUGUCUAGCAUCACAUUUAUUGAAUCACAGGUGAGGUCUGACAUUUAAAACUGUCAGACCUCGUGGCAUUUGAAUCCUUAAGCUCUAUCGUCAAUCACACAGAAAGCAAGACUAUUGAACAGGAGCUGUGUUUAUUUUAAUUGUUAUCCAAGCCUUCUGUUUCUUCACUUUAUUUGCUAACUAGUUUGCUGCUUUUUCAUUAUUGUUUUCACCUAUUCUCUGUCUUGUGUCCCCCUUAUCAUGUCAUAUUUAUCAAGACGCGAGUGAGCUGCAGGCCUCUUAGCCAGGUGACCCUUGUAAAAGAGAUCUCAGUGUGUUAUCACCUAGUGAGAAAAGGGUAAAAUAAGAUAACUACAAAACUACCAAAGCCAACAAGACCAUCAUUAACAAGGCUGACAAUUUCUACACUGAAAAUUUUAACACAUGAAAUCACCAAGUGUCCGAUCACAUGACUGUAAGCGUGUCUAAGAAACAGUUGCUACCUCUACAAGUAAACAAAAGAAGAUACCUGGGAGAAAUCUGAUCACAAUUCAAAUGACGCUCAAAUUAACGCUUAUUCUUGUUUUAUUUUUUAAGACAUCUGCGCUCUGAGCACGGCCACAGUGACAGAAGCAUGGCUGAGUGGAAGGUGCAGCAGGAUAUUGUUCAGUGCAUGGAGAACCAGGUGAGGACGACAUAAAUGCAUGAGUACAAAAUGUUAAAAACAAAGCAUAUGCUGUCUUUUGGUUUUAAAUCAUGAGUUGAAUCACCUCAGUCAGUGUGUUUGUACCAAAUAGUUAGAUAUAAGCAUAAUUUUUAAAAGUGUAAGUUGUGUCUUAAUAAUCAGGUUUUCCCCUCAGCAUAAAAACUAUGAAAAUUAAGUGUGUUUUUUCCCCUGUAUCUUAACUUUGCAUUUACCUUUUAUGAAUACUUACAUUUGACCCAGAUAACAUUUUGGCCAAACAUCAUGGGGGUAUUUCAUAUAGUGCACAAUGAUGCAAACAUUAUCAAGUUAAAGCCGAACAGAAAGUAGGACUAACUCAUGAUUAAAAACGUUUUCUGCAGGUUUGAAGUCAUUUAAACUAUUUUAGUCAGAUUCAGCCACUGCAAUUUUCUUUUUCCCUCAGCUCAUACUGGAAAAGCAGAAACUUUUCGCCAUGCAGCUUCACCUCUCUGAACACAAGCACACUGAUCUGGUAAGCUGUUGGUCCACUUUCACUUUUUCUGUCAGAAUAAUCUGCAGCUUUUUUCACAUUAAAAACACAUAAAAAGUUUGAAAAACCCUUGACUUCACUGUGCUAUUUUCUCCUCAAAAAGAAAGCAAGUAAAGCCCUCCUCUCAUUCAGAUUCAGAUUCAGACAACUUUAUUAAUUCCCGAAGGGCAAUUCACUUGUUGUUAAACGAUCAGGAACAGACAAAUACCAGACAUUCACAGCAGCAUAUGGCCCAAACAUUCCCCUGUCAGCACCACAAAACAGGAUGCCCUCAGAAACACUAAGAGAUCUCAGGUUCCGCAACAAGUGAAUCCUUUGUUGACCUUUUUCUAUUAUUGCCUCUGUGUUCUGAAAGAACUUUAGGCUGGAGUCAAACAUAGUUCCAAGAUACUUGUGAGAGUCAACAAUCUGUACAUCUUCACCAUGGAUGAUGCUAGGCUCAGGUGAAGGCCCCCGGUCAGUCCUUCUGAAGUCAAUUAUUAUUUCCUUAGUUUCUGGACAUUGAGAUCAAGGAAGCUAUCAUCACCAUGGCCUGACUCUGAGCCUCAGAGAAGGGACAGCAGAGCUGUGUCAUCUGAGAAUUUAACCAGAUAGCUGCUCUCUUGGCUAAACCUGCAGCUGUCUGUGUACAAGAUGAAAAGCAGAGGAGAAAGGACACAACCCUGAGGAGAACCAGUGUUAGACACUGAUGGCUUAGACAUGUGACCAUUCACUAAGACCCGUUGGACUCUGUUUGAUAAAAAGUUUAAGAGUAACAAUAAAAACUGACCAGGCAAUUUAAAAUGAGAGGAGAGUCUCUCAAUUAAAAUAUGAGGCAGCAUUUUAUUAAAGGCCGAUGAAAAGUCAGCAAAUAAAAAAUCCCUCUCCAUCCUCACAUGCAGAAGGCAGCGUCUGAUUGGCCAUACAGCCUCCCUCUGUUCCUGCCUCAGCCUCUGCUGGCAGAUGGAGAUGCGGUGCAGCAGUGGGCUCUUAAACACCUGGAGGAGAUGUCUCAGCGCGGACACAGAGCUGCUGCUGCUGCUUCUGCACACUUCCUGCCAGGUAAUGCAGACUCAAUGAAAAGAUGUUCUGGAUGCAAAAUAAAACAAGAACAUUUCAAUCAAGUCUGCUCAUGAUUGAAAUGUUUAAUUUAUCAAAAAAAAAAAAAAUCUUUGUUUUGAGUUUAUUCAAAUUAAGCUCCAUCAAGAACUUAUUUGGGUGGAUAGAAAUCAAUCAGACUUUGUCACUAAAGCACUUUUCUCUACAAUAAUCGAACACAGAGUGCUGUACUUGAACAAAAGUGAAUACUAAAAUAAAUCCAGUACUACAAGAUGCAAGAUAAUUUAAUAUCAUGAUUACUCUACAUGUCCUUGGCUUGCUUCAUUAAAAUGUUGAGAUUUUUUUCUGUAUAUUUUUUUAGGAAAAUUAGUGUAAGAACCUGCAUAAAUGAUCAUGGAUUUUAAAUGUAAGGUAAAAUUGAUGGUUUUAUUUCAGAAGAACCCAAUUAAUUGAAAAAAAUUAUUCAAAGCAUCAAUAUUCUUCAUGUGUCGUACCCUUUUCAACCUCAUAAUACUGAUCAUGCAGCAUGUGAAAUACGAAUUAAACUGAUGACGGUCUGAUUGUUGUUUCACAGAUUUGGUUCCCAGUCUUGAUUUUUACAAAUACAACAACAUCAGGCCUCCAUACACCUAUGCCUACCUGAUAAGAUGGGUAAGUACUGAAAUAAAUAAAUAAAUAAAACUGCAUGCAAGAGCUCAUGUAUGCUAUCAUUGUAAGAACAGAGAAAGAAAUCUGGAUGAUUUGAUUUGAGCAGGUCAAACAUCAACCUCUCGAUAAAAGUCAUGGAGGUUCUCUUGUAUGAACUUUUAAACACUGCUAAAAAAAAUAUGAAAUGUCUUAAUUUAACUUAAUUCAGUUCAGCUUAAUGGAGAGGAAAAUAUUAGCAUUUGAAGACAUUUACUCAUGAUGGUGCAAACUCCGCAGAACAGGCUGAAGCUGAAAAUCUCUGGAUUUACAGAAGAGGCUCAUUUUGUCAGACAGAGAUUUUUACAGCAUGUCUCUUGUUUCUUUCUGACUAUUUUCAGUCGAUACUAGAGUCUCCAGACAAACAGCGCACUCUGAACGAGAUCUACAACUGGUUCACCACCAUGUUCUACUACUUCAGACACAACAUCGCCACCUGGAAGGUCUGAAACACCUGCAUUACUUCUUUUUCAUUUCGUUUUUGCUCUUUUAGGGUCAGAAAGGACUCAGAAACAUUUUAAAAAUAUAUUAAAAUCUAUUUAUUUGCAGCUGUAGAACACUUCUUGUAGAUAUGUGUGCAUAUUGGCGAAUUUAUAUUAUAACCUGACAGAAAAGGGGAAGGUUUAUGUGAAAUGUAGCCUCAACUUUUCCCUGUAUAGCAGUGGUAACACCCAGUUUUAUUUUCUGUUGCUUUUAUUUACAGCCGCAAAAAUUUCAUUCAAGGUACCUUAUAACAGUUUAAUUUUCUUCUUGCUUCUCUUGCAAUUUUCUUGUUUUACCCAGAAUGCAGUGCGUCACAACCUCAGUCUCCACAAAUGUUUUGUGCGAGUGGAGGGAGGGAAAGGAGCAGUGUGGACCGUGGAUGAAACAGAGUACCAGAGGAGGAAAGGACAGAAGUAUCACAGGUACAAACAGGAGCCUACUUUGAUCUGCAUCAGGGCUAAGCUUAACAGAAACCUUUUAAAAUCCGGAUCAGGGCUGAAAUUCUCAGAACCUGCUUUAAUCCAGAUAUGGGUCUAUGUAAACAGGAACCAGUUUGCAUCCAGAUGAGAGCCGAUAUCUUUAGUCCUGAUCUGGAUCGAGGCAAACAGGAACCUGGUGAUCCUGACCAGGGCUUAUAUCACAAGGAAUCAGCUUAGUUCUGGAUCUGGGCAAAUAUAAAUGAAACCAGCUCUGCCCUGGGUCAGAGCUUCUACAAACAGGAACCAGCUCUGAUUUAGAUCAGGGCUUAUUCAAAUGGGAGUCAGGUCUGAUCUGGAUCAGGUACCAUGGUGACAAAUGGGUAGAGAGUGAUCUGUAUGAGUGUAUCUGAGAAACUGUGUGUGUGUUUUUCAGGGAUUGUCCUGUGAAGUGGCUCAAGUCCUAUUCUCAUUACUGUCCAGAGGAGCAGUGAUCACCAGCAGGUGGCAGCACUGAGCUUCUCGUCAUACCAGAAGCUGGAGACUGGGUUAUACCAAUUACAAGGACCACACAACACCACACUUUGAUAAAAAGCAGAAUUCAGAUGGUGCAGUAUUUCAUCUGCUUUUGUAGAAAUUCUUAAAAACUUUCAUUUUGAUCUUCCUGGUUUGUCCUGUCUGUAUAAAGAACUGAAAAUGUUUUUUUUAUCCUGAAUUGUUUUCAAAUUUGUAUUUGAUGGUUGUGUGUCUUAAUGCAUAUAAAAGCAGCUUCUUUUUCACCGAUUUCUUCUCCUGAAAAUAAAUAAAAGAUUUUUUUUAGUC